UCCUUAUAGGACUGACAUCAGUUAAGGUAACACCUUUUGAAUGAAAAGAAAUGUUUGGGAGUAACUUAAUACCACUUCUUGCUUUCUAACUCCUUUGUCCCAACCUCAGACUUUUUUCACUUGACCAGGACGUAGAUUGAAAUACAAUAUUUUGGAAGUCAGGUGGUAGUGAAGCAGGUUAAGCUCACAUGACGCAAAGCACAAGGACCGGUGUAAGGAUCCUGGUUCGAGCCCCCGGAUCCCCACCUGCAGGGGAGUUGCUUCACAGGUGGUGAAGCAGGUCUGCAGGUGUCUAUCUUUCUCUAGCCCUCUCUGUCUUCCCUUCCUCUCUCCAUUUCUCUCUGUCCUAUCCAACAGUGAUGACAUGAAUAACAACAAUAAAACAACAAGGGCAACAAAAGGGAAUAAACAAAUAUUUAAAAAACUUUUAAAAAAAGAAAUAUAAUAUUUUUUAAAAGAUGUUUUGCUAUUAGAUUCAUCUUUCCUUCUAUCAGGACAGAUGAAUCUAAUAGUUUGUGUUGUCUUAUUUAAAUAUACAAAUUCAAUCUUCUGUGAUUCCUGUGGCUCAUGAUUGGAUUAUAUUUUUAAGGCUAGUAUGUCUCAUGACAAAAAUAAAUUUUCUCACCACUCAUGUAAAUGGUAGUCAUAAUUGGUCUCUACAAAUUGACUUUAAUGACAGAAGGAGAGAGGAAAAGAUACCACAGCACUGCAGUUUCCUCCUGUGUGGUGGGGCUGAUCUCAAACCUGGGUCAUACACAUGAUGAAACACUACCCAUAUGAGCUAUCUUAUUAGAUUCCACCUGCAACCUAAGUUAAACCUUCUCAUGCUCAAGAGGAAGUAAUACCAAGCUUGCUACUCCAGUCCUGGAAAUUGGAGGAAGGACUUCAAGUGAAUGCUAGAGCACGGCACCACUCUCCUUAUGGUCGCCUCCUUUGCAGGUCACAUAGACUGUGUGAGAGAACUUGUUCUGCAAGGAGCAGACAUCAAUCUCCAGAGAGAGUCAGGUACAACAGCCCUGUUCUUUGCUGCCCAACAAGGCCAUAAUGAUGUUGUGAGAUUUCUCUUUGAAUUUGGAGCAUCUACUGAAUUUAGGACCAAAGAUGGGGGUACUGCACUGCUAGCUGCCAGUCAGUAUGGGCACAUGCAGGUGGUGGACACCUUGCUGAAGCACGGAGCCAACAUCCAUGACCAGCUCUAUGAUGGAGCCACUGCACUCUUCCUAGCUGCCCAAGGUGGUUACUUGGAUGUUAUUCGAUUAUUGUUGUCUUCUGGAGCAAAAGUCAACCAGCCAAGGCAGGAUGGCACAGCGCCACUGUGGAUCGCGUCUCAGAUGGGCCACAGUGAGGUGGUGAGGGUGAUGCUGCUGCGUGGAGCCGAGCGCGACGCUACACGGAACGAUGGCACAACAGCAUUACUAAAAGCAGCCAACAAAGGAUAUAAUGAUGUCAUAGAGGAACUGCUGAAAUUCUCACCUACCCUUGGUAUUUUGAAGAACGGAACCUCUGCGCUCCAUGUGGCAGUGCUCAGUGGGAACAUUAGGACAGUCGCUCUGCUCCUGGAAGCAGGCGCGGACCCAGCCCUGAGAAACAAGGCCAAUGAACUCCCAGCUGAAUUAACCAAAAAUGAACGUAUAUUACAUCUCCUCCAAAAUAAAGGUCAGAGGAAGAGUUAAUUUAGUUCCAUAGUCAUCUGAAAGGUUGAAACCUUAAUUACAUUGUCCUAAAAACAAAUUGUUUUUCAAGUAGUAUUGGAAAUUCUUUUCAGAAAGAAAAUUCCCAAAAUGCCCAUCCUGGGUUCCUGACCCACAAAGAGCUGUGCUUUGUGCACUGAGUCAAGAGCAUAAUCACUCAGGGGCAAUUUCCCCUACACGGGCAUUGCACACUGCUUAUAACCCAAGCCAGCGGGGCCCAGAACCUGUGUGGAGUCCGUAGAAAUACGUCCUAAAUUACACUAAUGUGGGUCUUUCAGCUAACCUCCAAGACAGAGUUAGCCCCUCUACAAGGGCAGAUUAUUUCCUUAAAAAGAAAUUUUGAAGUCUGACCUUCAGUGAACUGAUAUACUCCUGCUUUUGUGCUGUAUGUAUUAACUCCACCAUAUUUUCCAGAUGUAUGUAUGCCAUUCCAGUGUAAGAUGUUUUCUUCUACCCAGGGAUCACAGCCAUCCAUGAUUAUUAUGAAGCAAUGGUGUGUGAACUUACUGUGCCACUACUGACAUGCCAACAUGUGCUUUUCAAAGACAGACUAUUAAAGUAUGUUUGAAAGUGUUCUUUUUUUUUUGUUAGUUGAUCUUCCUGUCGUUCCUAAUAUGUCCAAAUCAUAUUUACCUACAGUCAGCAUUGUUGAUAGGAGAAAAGUACAUGGAAAUGCAAAAAAUUGCAAACUAUAAGACAUUUAGGUUUGUCUCUGAAUUUUGUUGUUGUUGUUCUGUUACUGGAUACCUAUUUCCCUUGCCAUAAGUAAGUAGUUCAAAUGCUGUGAAACCUUGAGCUUCCAAUGGCACGUUUCUGCAUACAAUGACUCUGAGGCCUUGAGUGAAAUGUGAUGAUAUAUGCAAGGGCAGUAUGUUGCUGUUACUACUGCAGAAGUAUCAGCAAGAAAAGAUUGUUGCUACCAUUUAGUAAAUGUCCAACUAUUCAUGGUCUUGAACUGGUUAAUACAGAGAAAAGAAGCCUAAAUGUUAUUGAACAUGAAAGGUGUCAGACUUUAUAUUCAGUGCACUUUACAAUCAAUGGUGUCUAAAUGCCUCCAUCAGUGCCUAAUUGCAUAACAGAAAAUAAGCCUUCUUUCUGUAAUCUGCCAUAAUAAAUAUGAAUAAUACUUCUCUACUUA